GCGCCAGCGACGGUGGCUUGCAGGCCGCUGGGCAGAUUUCCACGGUCCUGGAACACUUGCAGACCGUGCAGGACGAGACCAACGUGGAGUGGGAGCGUCACCUGCGAGACGACCUCCGCGCCACGCGCCGGGCAACGGCUGAGCUGCGCCGGCUCCAGCCCGAUGCAGAGCGUAAGGUGGCCUCGUGGUGGUGGUGGAUUCUCUGCGAGACGCCGCCGCCGGCGUUGGUCCCGGGAAGAUGGUGCGCAGGUCUGCCGUCGCGCGUCGUGGCGGUGCUGGACAAGGCCAUUGACGUGACGCAGGGGGCCAGGAAGAUCCGGGAGGUGCACAUCAAGGACGGACGCAUUCUUGUCUCCGCCCACGACGUCAAGGAGGAGGUGUGCCGGCUGCAUGAUCAGGAUGUUCUGGGCGGCAUGGUCAAGGAAGUUGCGCGGCAGAUCUCCGCCCAGGUCAAGGAUAGCGGCAGCGACGUGCCCGAUGGCGUGGUCAGGGAGGAGGACAAAUUGAACGAGGGCAUCGCCGCGGCGGGAACAAUGACAGCGACAACCGAGAGCCUGCGCCGAGCGGAGACACGCCUCAGCGACCAGCGCAGCGGGCUCCGGGUCAACUGCAUGGCGGCGGCGCACGUAGAGGCAGGGGUCGGCAUCGUGCGGGACAGGCUGGUUGCGCAGGUUGACGCUUUAGAGGAGAUCUCGGACUCGUUCGUGUGGCUGCGGCAGAGCGUGGUGGACCAAGAGAAGAGCGUCCCCGACGCCAUCGAGAAGGGCAUCGAACUGCUUGCGACUCUGGAGGCGGAGCUCAUGAGAUGCGUGUGA